AUGGUCCGAUACCGCGUGCGGAGUCCCAGCGAACGGCCCCAGUCGGGGCCUGGGCAGCAGCACGGAGGCGAGGACCAGGGUCAGGAGUCGGGGCACACCCCGGAGAAUAUCGAGGCUGCUUGGAGGACCGCCGGGAGCUACUACCGCUACAGACGACGGCGCUGCUCCCCAAGGAGGCUGUACAGGCUCCGUAGACGGCGCUACCGCUCCUCCAGGAGACGCCGGAGACGCCCCUGCAGGCGCCGGAGGCAUCGCAGAGGCGGAGGAGAAGAUGCAGAAGGCGGUACUAGCCUUCCGGGGCCCCCUGCUCCUGGUUGGAAGUUAAGAGAAAGUCACCUGCCGAAGGACCACCUCUCAAGACCACAGCAAUCCCCCCCCCGACGUUGGAUGUUCAAGCCCUGA